UGGGUUGGGGCAGUUUAAUAACACUGUCAUCCUACAAUAAGUUCCACAAUAACUGUUACACAGAUACCAUUGUUGUCUGUGUUGUUAAUUGUGCUAUCAGUGUGUUUGCUGGAUUUGUCAUCUUCUCCAUCCUUGGUUUGGCUUUCAUUGCCUACCCAUAGGCCCAUGCAUAGUUGCCAUGUGCACCUUUAUGGGCCACGUUAUUUUUCUUCAUGCUGAUCACUCUAGGACUCAGCAGUCAAUUUGUAGCUGUAG